CGCGAUAUUAUCAUAAACUCACUUCUCUUCUUCACUCUCAUUCUCUCUCUGAAAACUCGAAGCACAACAGAAAUGGCGAAGCUUGUGAUGCUCUUGGCUCUCUGCGUCCUGCCGGCGCUGGCACUCGCCACCCGUCCGAUGAGGACGCCGUUCACCGUCGUAGGUAGUGUCUACUGCGAUCCUUGCCGCUUCGGCUACGAGUCCUCCGCCAUCACCUACAUUGCUGGUGCCAAGGUUAGACUGGAAUGCAAAGAUAGGUCGGGCCAGGUACUCAAGUACAGCAAAGAAGGAACAACUGACUCAACCGGAACCUACAGGAUUGUAGUUGCUGAGGACCAUGAGGACCAGGUCUGUGAUUCUAUCCUUGUGAGCAGCCCUCAGAAGCGCUGUUCUGAAGCUACCCCGGGGCGUGACCGUGCUCGUGUCAUCCUCACAGGCUACAAUGGCAUUACAUCAAACACCCGUUUUGCCAAUGCUAUGGGAUACAUGAAAACUGAGGCCUUGGCUGGAUGUUCCCAGAUUCUCAAGCAGAUGCAGGAGUUGGAUGCGUAGAUGAGGUUUGAGUUUUCUAGAGUAUGCGACUAGUUUUAAAGCAUUGUUGGCUAAAACGCUCUUUAAUGUUUGGUAUUUAUUUGUUGGUUUGUUGUCUCGACAUCUGAAGAUUCAUCAUUUAAUUGCUAAUGUAUUUAUCAUGAUAUAUAUAUAUAUAUUGUAUGGUCU